UGUCAGAUCAAAUUAACAGCUGAUGAGGUGCUAUAAACAUGGGUGACAAAUAAAGAGUAAAUUAUCUUGUGUCAACAAUAACGUUGUCUAAUUACCAAAACAAGCUUGUGAAUUCAGUAUUAUAGGCGAUUUACUUUUUUUUCUAAAUUAUCUAAGAAAAUGGAUCCAGCCUUACUAAGGGAAAGAGAGUUAUUCAAAAAGAAAGCAUUAACAACACCAACAGUUGAGAAAAAAAAAUCUGAACCGAAACCGGAACCUAACAAAGAAGAAAAGAAAAAGUCAAAAUCAUCAAGUGGGAGUAAUGUUGCCCCAAAGCUUGAUAUAAACACGUAUAAAACAUCUACAGGAAGUUCCCAGUACCGUUUUGGAGUUUUAGCAAAAAUUGUUAAACAUAUGAAAACACGACAUCAAGAUGGUGAAACAUAUCCUCUAACAUUAGAAGAAAUAUUAGAUGAGACGAAUCAACUUGAUGUUGGAAAUAAAGUCAAACAGUGGUUGCAAACUGAAGCCCUCAUAAAUAAUCCUAAAAUAGAGGUGACACCAGAAGGAAAGUUUUUAUUCAAAGCUUUAUAUAGACUCAAAGAUAGAAAAAGUUUACUGAAGUUGUUGAAACAGCAAGAUUUGAAAGGCCUAGGAGGUGUCUUGUUAGAUGAUGUUCAAGAAUCUUUACCUCAUUGUGAAAAAGCUCUCAGGAUUUUACAAAAUCAGAAUGAAAUAAUUUUCAUCACGAGGCCUAUGGAUAAAAAAAAAGUCUUGUUUUAUAAUGAUAGAACAGCGUCGUUGCCGAUUGAUGAGGACUUUCAGAAAUUAUGGAGAUCUGUAGCAGUAGAUGCAAUGGAUGAUGCUAAAAUUGAAGAGUAUUUAGACAAACAAGGAAUUCGAUCAAUGCAGGAUCAUGGCCCUAAAAAACCAGUUGCUCCUAAAAGAAAAAAGGUUGGAAGUCGCAAAAAGGUGUUCAAGAAACCCCGAGACAACGAGCAUUUGGCAGAUGUACUUGAGACUUAUGAGAAUGACACAUUGACUCAAAAAAAUACUGUAUAAAAUAGUUACAUUCAGUUGGAGAUGAAAAUAAAAAAAAUAGCGAGAGGUGGUCAAAGUCUGGUCAUUUUAUUGAGGAUUUACUAUCAGAUUGGACACCAGAAAAGAGUAUCUGAACCUAAUUUCUGGAAAGAUCAUAUUUAUCUUCUGUGGAACCUUAGACGUUGGCGUUGUCUUUUUUAAGAAUCUCAAAUUUAAUUAAUUAAAUUGAUAAAUUGAAUCUCUCCUUAUUUAAUCUAAUCAAAAUGGUUUUCUUACACACCAGGUUUUUCAUUGAAGUGUUUUCAUGCUGUGUACAGAAAUAGUUAUUAAACUGAUUAUCGCCUUGGGA